GGGGCACCGAGGGAGGCGGCCGGCGGCCCCCCCGUAUAAAAAGGCGCUCCGGCGGCCCUUCCGCCUCUUUGGGGGAAAGGCCGUCGCCCGCGCUCCUCCUGGCUCACCGCUGUUCGCUCUCGCCGAGGAACAAGUCGGCCAGGAAGCCCCCACCGCAGCCAUGGCCUUUAAAGACACCGGCAAGACUCCCGUGGAGCCCGAGGUGGCCAUUCACCGCAUCCGAAUCACCCUCACCAGCAGAAACGUCAAGUCCCUCGAGAAAGUUUGUGCUGACUUGAUCAGAGGAGCUAAGGAAAAGAACCUAAAAGUGAAGGGACCAGUUCGCAUGCCAACUAAGACCCUGCGGAUCACUACUAGGAAAACUCCUUGUGGUGAAGGUUCUAAAACCUGGGAUCGUUUCCAGAUGCGAAUUCAUAAGCGUCUCAUUGACUUGCACAGUCCUUCUGAGAUUGUGAAGCAGAUCACUUCUAUCAGUAUUGAACCUGGUGUGGAAGUUGAAGUUACAAUUGCAGAUGCUUAAAUGGAUGCUGUCUGAAUAAAAAGUGAUUCUCAGCGGUGAA